AUGUCAAGUGUUACUCUAGCAAGACAAGAACAGGCCUACACGUCCGCCCUCACGGUGGGCAAGGAAGCGCUGGAAGAGUUUUAUGGAAAAGAAUUGAUUUUGGCUGACCGAGAAACAGUGGAACAAGAAGCAGAUAGCAUUUUAAAAGAAGCUAAUGUCUGUGAUGUCGCGUUUCUUGUAGUUGGUGAUCCCUUUGGGGCCACAACGCACAGUGAUUUAGUACUACGUGCAGUAAAAUUGGGGAUUCCAUACAAGGUCAUUCAUAAUGCUUCAAUAAUGAAUGCAGUGGGUUGCUGUGGUUUACAGUUGUACAAUUUUGGAGAGACAGUUUCUAUAGUUUUCUGGACAGAUACAUGGAAGCCAGAAAGCUUCUUUGACAAGAUCGAGAAGAACAGGCAGAAUGGAAUGCACACACUGUGCUUACUUGAUAUUAAAGUGAAGGAGCAGUCUCUGAAGAACCUAAUGAAAGGAAGAAAGAUUUAUGAGCCGCCCCGCUACAUGAGUGUGAAUCAAGCUGCAGAACAGCUUCUUGCCAUUAUCCAAAACAGGAGGCUCCAAGGAGAAGAAUCAGAAAUUACUGAAAACACAAUUUGUGUUGGCCUCGCACGUGUGGGUGCUCCGGAUCAGAAGAUUGCUUCAGGCACACUGUGUCAGAUGUCCAGAGUGGAAUUAGGCAGUCCACUUCAUUCCUUGAUUGUUACAGGCACUAUGCAUCCUCUGGAAUUAGAAAUGCUUAAACUUUUUUCUAUAGAUAGUUCCAGUUUUGAAAAUAAUGCAUUUCAAAGGACUAUUUAAAUAAAAAAGAUACAUUUACAUUUUUA